GUAGGAAAAAGUUUAGAAAUAAAAAACAAAUGACACUAGAAAUUAGAAAGAAAUGAAUAAUCGCAUUUUAUCGUACUCUCGUCGCAAAGCAGGUAGACAAGUCUCCUCGUCAUAAUAGAAAGAAACAAUAAGGAAGGCCACCAAAUCUUCGCCCUCUCUGAUCAAGUUUCAACUUGCAACUGUCGCCUCUUUCAGUUUUCCGGCGAGAUCGCUCCUCCUUACUCCGCCGGUGUUCAGAUCGAGCUCUUCUGAUUUCCAGCGAUUUUCACUCCUGAACCCUAAUUUCCGCCGCGCAGACAACAGUUCCCACGUUUGGAGCUUCCUCUCUUGCUCUAUUUGAGCUACAACUAGUCAAUAUACUUUCUUUUGGCUGUGGCCUGAACAAUAGAGGAAGAUGUUUGGCUCAUCUAAUCCUUUUGGACAGUCAUCUGGUACCAGCCCGUUUGGGUCCCAAUCCCAAUCUAUGUUUGGUCAGACCAGUAACACAAGUAGUAGUAAUCCUUUUGCUCCAGCAACACCGUUCGGGGCGUCUGCGCCUUUUGGUGCACAGACUGGGGGUUCGAUAUUUGGUGGCACUUCAACCGGUGUUUUUGGUGCACCUCAAGCUUCCUCUCCGUUUGGCUCCACCCCAACUUUUGGAGCUUCUUCGUCACCGGCGUUUGGGAAUUCCACUCCGGCCUUUGGCGCAUCUCCAGCAUCUUCUCCUUUUGGUGGGUCUUCUGCUUUUGGGCAGAAACCUCUGGGAUUCUCAACGCCUCAGUCAAAUCCUUUUGGAAGCACAGCGCAGCAAUCGCAACCUGCAUUUGGGAACAGCAAUUUUGGUUCAUCCACACCUUUUGGUGCCACGAGCACGCCUGCCUUUGGGGCUACAAGCACGCCUGCCUUUGGGGCUACAAGCACACCUGCCUUUGGUGCAUCAAGCACGCCUGCCUUUGGUGCCACAAGCACGCCUGCCUUUGGCGCCACAAACCAACCUGCCUUCGGCGCCACAAACACACCUGCCUUCGGCGCCACAAACACACCUGCAUUUGGAGUUUCACCGACUCCAGCCUUUGGUGGCACUGGUACCACGUUUGGCAACACUGGCUUUGGAGCUUCUAGUACCCCUGCUUUUGGUGCAUCAGGCGCUCCUGCCUUUGGUUCAUCAAGUACUCCUGCCUUUGGGCAAUCCAGUUCUCCUGCCUUUGGAGCAUCUAGUACUCCUACUUUUGGUGCAUCAAACACCACAUCCUUCAGUUUUGGCUCCUCUCCAGCUUUUGGCCAAUCCACAUCAGCGUUUGGCAGCAGUGCAUUUGGGUCUACACCUUCUCCCUUUGGAGCCCAAGGUGCGCAGGCCUCAACCCCAACAUUUGGGAAUUCUGGUUUUGGUCAAUCACCUUUCGGUGGUCAACAACAACAAGGGGGCAGUCGAGCCGUGCCUUAUGCACCAACAGCUGAGACAGAGACAGGCAGUGGUGCGCCUGCUGGAAAGUUAGAAUCUAUUUCUGCCAUGCAGGCAUACAAAGAUAAAAGCCAUGAGGAGUUAAGGUGGGAAGACUACCAGCGAGGAGAUAAAGGUGGACCGCUUCCUGCUGGCCAGUCUGCUGGAAAUACUGGAUUUGGUGCAUCAACUGCUCAGCCAAAUCCUUUUUCUCCAUCACCGGCGUUUGGUCAGACACCAGCAAAUCCAACAAACCCUUUUGCAAGCUCAACGUCUACUAAUCCUUUUGCCCCUCAAACUCCAACGAUUGCCAGUUCAGGUUUUGGAACGGCUACCUCAAAUUUUGGUUCCUCGCCCUUUGGUGUAACUUCGUCGUCCAAUCUUUUUGGGUCAACCUCAUCAACUACCACAUCCGUCUUUGGAUCAUCCUCCGCUUUUGGAACAACGACCUCAUCACCGUUAUUUGGUUCGUCUAGCACUCCUGGAUUUGGUUCUUCUCCAUCAAUAUUUGGUUCAACUUCUGCUCAGGGGGCAGCGCCUACAUUUGGGAACACUCAGUCAUCUAAUCUGUUCAGCUCAAACCCCUCGAUCGGUCAGACUGGUUCUGCAUUUGGACAGACUGGUUCUGCAUUUGGACAGACUGGUUCUGCAUUUGGGCAAACUGGUUCUGCCUUUGGACAGACUGGUUCUGCCUUUGGACAGUUCGGACAGAGUAGUGCUCCUGCAUUUGGCCAAACUAACAUCUUCAGUAAACCUUCCACUGGAUUUGGCAACUUGUUUUCAAGUUCUUCAACAUUAACUACGUCCAGCUCUCCCUUUGGACAAACAAUGGCUGCUGGUAUGACACCUUUCCAAUCAUCUCAGCCAGGUCAAGCGUCAAAUGGCUUUGGUUUCAACAACUUCGGUCAAACACAAGCAGCUAAUGCUACUGGAAAUGCUGGUGGACUGGGGUUUUUUGGUCAAGGAAAUUUCGGGCAAACGUCUGCUCCGCCUAGCUCUGUUGUUUUGCAACCAGUUGCUGUUACAAAUCCAUUUGGAACACUUCCUGCUAUGCCUCAGAUCUCAAUAAACCAAAGUGGAACUUCACCUUCAAUUCAAUAUGGAAUCUCCAGCAUGCCUGUUGUUGACAAACCUGUUCCUGUUAGAAUAUCAUCUCUCCUUACUUCUCGACACCUUUUACAAAAGCGGACCAGGUUGCCGGCAAGAAAGUACCGUCCUGGCGACAAUGGUCCGAAGGUUCCAUUUUUCACUGAUGACGAGGAGAACUCCUCAAGUACACCAAAGGCAGAUGCUCUUUUCAUUCCGAGGGAGAACCCUAGAGCUCUAGUUAUACGCCCAGUUCAACAGUGGUCUUCAAGGGUCAAAUCUACAAUUCCAAGGGACCGCCCGACUGCUCCACUAUUUGAAAAUGGGAAGAGUCCAGAAAUAGCUACUGAUGCGGCAAACCAUGACAAAAAUGACAACGGAGAAUCUGGUUCUACUGAAGAAAGAACUCACCCAUUUGUCAAUGGAGAUACGAAACCAAACGGCUCAACAAGCACAGAGCAUGCUGGAAUGAAAGACCGUCCCUCCAGAACACUAGGUGGACACCAAGCCGGAGAAGCCUCAACUGUUAACGAGAACGGUGCAGAUAUCGAGACGCUAUUGCCGAAGCUACACCAAUCCGAUUAUUUCACCGAACCAAGUAUCCGAGAACUAGCGGCUAAGGAAAGAGCGGAUCCUGGUUACUGCAGGCGGGUUAAAGACUUUGUGGUGGGAAGACAUGGUUAUGGGAGCAUAAAGUUCAUGGGAGAGACUGAUGUUCGUAAGCUAGACUUAGAAUCUCUGGUUCAGUUCAAUAACCGAGAAGUGAUUGUAUACCUGGACGAGAGCAAGAAACCGGCGGUUGGACAAGGGCUGAAUAAACCGGCGGAGGUGACGUUACUUAAUAUAAAAUGUAUUGAUAAGAAAACAGGGAAACAGUUUACUGAAGGAGAGAGAGUGGAGAAGUAUAAGAUGAUGCUUAAGAGGAAAGCUGAAGCACAAGGAGCUGAGUUUGUAUCUUUUGAUCCUGUUAAAGGCGAGUGGAAGUUUAGGGUCGAUCAUUUUAGUUCCUAUAGGCUCGAUGAUGAAGACGAAGAUGAAGCUUAAAGUCUCAUCUCAGUGUUAAUUCUGUUUGAAUGUUGGAGUUGUGCAGUAAGAAAUAGUACCCAUCUCUAUCUGUUGUGUGUGUCUUCUAAACCGUUCUUACAGACUUCGUUAUAUGUAGUUUAUCCUCUUGUUGAAUUUGUGUAUUUGGUAUCUCUUACUUUAUGUGAAACGAUAGUCUUUUUA